UCCGGUUGUAACGGAAGGCUGGCUUGUCUCUGUCCUGGAGAAAUGGCCGUUCUUAUUCUUACAACAAUUCUUGACGUAUAGCAACUAAUGUGUCUCAAUGGUUUAAUUGCUCUAUCGAAACUCGUCGCUGCGCUGUUUUUUGCUGUACAAUAACGUGAAUUUAAAUGUUGCGUUUUAGAUCAUCUCUAAUCAUCAUGAAGUCUUAGUUUUGCUGUUAGCUACCUACCUGCCAGCCCGCUAACGUUAGCUGCUGAGCUGACCGAGCUAUCGGUCAUCCAACACUGCUUGUUAAAGUCUGUUAAUGGGAAAUAAAUAGGACCUUAAACCAGAAGAAAACUGUAUUUUUUAAUUCAAUAUAAGUUAAGUAACUGGGUAACCCCCCCGUCUAAAUGCCAGAACAAGGCCCCAGGAUGAAUGGGUUUUCUCUUGGUGAACUAUGCUGGCUGUUCUGUUGUCCGCCCUGUCCCAGUCGCAUCGCAGCCAAGCUAGCUUUCCUCCCACCGGAGCCUACGUAUUCGGUGCACACCGAUGCUAACGGGGUAACGAGCUUACAUUUAACCGAACGGGCGGACUGGCAGUACUCUCAACGAGAGCUUGAUGCAGUGGAAGUUUUUAGCACUAGAAGCAGCCGGGGUAAUCGGGUAGGGUGUAUGUUUGUGCGUUGCGCCCCGAACAGUCGAUACACGCUGCUGUUUUCCCACGGUAACGCCGUGGACCUGGGGCAGAUGUGCAGUUUUUACAUCGGCCUCGGCUCCAGGAUCAACUGCAACGUGUUCUCCUACGAUUACUCAGGCUACGGAGUCAGUACUGGCAAGCCUUCUGAGAAGAACCUGUAUGCGGACAUCGAGGCGGCCUGGCAGGUCCUGAGGAACAAGUAUGGUGUAACACCUGAAAACAUCAUCCUGUAUGGUCAGAGUAUCGGCACUGUGCCCACCAUUGACCUGGCCGCUCGCUAUGAAUGUGCUGCUGUCAUCCUACACUCACCACUCAUGUCCGGGCUACGGGUGGCCUUCCCUGAUACACGGAAGACCUACUGCUUUGAUGCCUUCCCCAGUAUUGACAAGGUGUCCAAGGUGGCGUCCCCAGUGCUGGUGAUCCACGGUACAGAGGACGAGGUGAUCGACUUCUCCCACGGCCUGGCAAUGUAUGAGCGCUGUCCCCGUGCCGUCGAGCCCCUGUGGGUGGAAGGGGCCGGCCACAACGACAUUGAACUGUACGCCCAGUACCUGGAGAGACUCAAGCAGUUCAUCUCCUUCGAGCUUCCCACCUCCUGAGGGGUGCCCAGCUCUGAGGCCAGGGUUAAUCUCAACACACUCCUUAUCAUCUCCCAACUUACUCUCUUAGCAUAGGACAGGACUGGAGUAAGCAGAUCACACUGUUCUCUCCUGUCCUUGGAGCCAUUUCAGGGUAGGAAUGUGUAGUGGACUGGAAGCGGAGGGGGUUUUAGAUUGUUGACAUGUAGCCAAUAGACAGUAGCCAGUACCGGCCAGGAGUGAAUCUUUGGCUGAACAUGUAAUGUCUCCAAAACCUAGCUGGUGCUCCUACAUGUGGACACAGUUUGCCAAUGAGCCCAGGCAUAGACAGUGGUUGCACUUGCUGCAUAAUCUGGAUUAAUUUCUUAACUCCAGCUCUCCUUCCCUUCCUCUACUCAAUCUGUCUCCCUUUUAUGUACCAGUGUCUCUCAAUAUGAGCUUCAGUUUGUCACAUUUCCUUAUUUUUCCCUCCGUUUCUCCCACAAUCCUUGCUUUCCUUCUGACCUAGUCUUUGCAAUGUUCAAGCUUGAUUUUUGUAUUCUUUUAUACCAAGUGAAGAAAUAUCAAUUUUGCACCUUAAGAUACAAUUGAAGUUUUUUUUACUUUUUCUGUAUUUUAAGUUACCAUUCAGGGUUUUCCAAACAAUUGCGCUUUUAAUGUGCAGAUAUUUUCAGGUAAUGAUUUUUUUUCUGUGUUUGGAUGUGUAUAUUUUAAUUUCUUUUGUUAUCUGCAUUCCACGUUUUUCUUAAUUGCAAGAAGAACUUUUUUUUUUUUUCAGUGGGUUUGUGAGUUUAGAAGCUGUUAACCAGAGUGUAUCUUUGCACCUAGCUGUGAUCGUUGUAGUCCUGAUGCAUGCUACUCUCUCAUACAGGAAGACAAUAAUGCCAUACUUCAUAGAGAAAUUUAGCAAUUUACAAUAUACCUUGCUCACUGGCACACAUACAAUUCUGGGAGAAAGUUACUCAAGUCCUUGAAUACUUUGGAGCCACUGGUAAAUUCAGCAUACAGACAACACCUUCAAUACUUAUGGCAUUUAGAAAUGGUUUGCCCUUUUAUAAUAAUUGUACAGAUGAUGCAUCGUGAAAGGAUCAAUUUGAAUCCAAAGUGUUUAUUGAAAUACAUUUGAUUGGGGAAUCAUGUAUAUGCAAAAUUGAAUACGGAAUUUACCAGAAGACCUAAACGAUUUGUAAAAUGCCUCAAGGGGUCAUUGAGUAAAGAAAGGGUAUCAAGCGGUGUUGCAGAAUAUACAUACACCGUGACAUCUCACCACCUGGUGAAGCCAGUGUUGAAAAUGUAAUAUUGCUAUAUAACCCACAGUCUAAUUAGCGUGGUCAUUUUGUAUAUGCAUCACAAUUCAAUCUAAUUGUAUGUCACGAGAUGUGUACCUUUGCCACAAAGCAACACAGCAAUGAAUAUCCCAAAUGUUGGGUAAUACAAAAGCUUACCUCAAUGGAAGAGAGCAGCAGGUAUCGUGGCUGUACCUUUUGUUAACGGAAGAUCAUGUGGGAAUAAGACUUGACAACUGAUUCAAACAGAAACACGCUUGACUCUGUACUGUAAACCGAAGCCGGGAAGCAUGGUGCUGGUUUUACCUGCAGACAGAAGACACUAAACUGUGAACUCUGCUUUAUAUGAAGGCCACUGGGUUUGGGUGUUAUCAGUCAUUUCACACUACAAAUGAAGCCUUAUGUUUGUGAACAUUUCACCCAGUCCUGUUUACGACAGCAUGGCUUUCGUGGUCUAAUUGCUGCUAUUCAUCAGAGAAAUCAAUCAGUCGAUCACUGUGAAAGACGUUUUUUUUUAAUACUGAAAUGAAAGCAAGGUACUAAAACCAAAUUGUCAGGAAUGCCCUAUUUUACCACCACCAUUGUCUGCUGAGUCCUGUGAUAUAUUUUUUUUUUUCUUAUCCCAACUCAAAUUCCAAAGACAUCUGAAAGAACCACAAAAAAAACCCCACAUAAAACAAAACGAUGUUCAAGUAAAUGGCCAACAUGUUUUUAGAGAAGGAUUGUGUUUGAGGGAUCGUGCGACUGAUCCGUGUAUUGCUGUGAAAUGGUUUGUCAGUUGAGUAUUUGUGUUUUCUGAUUAUAACUAAUGUUGGGACAAUUUUUGAUCAACAAGCCCUUGAUCACCUCUUGUAUAUUUCCUCUAGCUCCUUCUAAAAGGAAAUGAAGACCCUGCUUUAGUCCUGAUUAUUGUUUUGAUACUGACAUUUUUACGAGGUUUUUCCAGUCUUAAUGUUGAUUUACACUGUCUGAAGCUGGUUUGUAUAAUCCUCUGUAAUGGUAUACUUAAAUAUCUUCUCUAUACAUAUUAGCCAUUCCAAAGGGCAGUCUAGUCUCGUUGCUUUUAACACUGGAAUCACAAUAUGCAAUUGAAAGGCAGAUGAGGCUAGUAGAAUCAGAUUUUGGUAAUGUGUAAAACAGAUUAAAUAAGCCUUAAACAUGCCGUGAAACAGAAUGUCACAUGUUGUAGUUGCAAGAAGGCAGCACAAUGGAUGUUUUAAUGCUUAUAAUGGAAUAAAGGAUGCAUGGAAGUGUGUGUGUCUGACCUCAUUGUUUCUGUGUUAGAAAGAUUAAAGACCUGUAUUAUGACUUUCAUGUCUACUAGGCUUAUUUUUAGAGAGUCGCUUCACCAUAAUUUUGACAUGCACAAAAUAAAGAAAUCUCUUACCUGGUA